GUCAAGAUGGCGGCGCCCAGGAGUAGCCCACGUGGUUGUUCCGGGAAGAGCAGAGUGUCUCGUAGGCGGUAGCGGCCGGGCUCCAGCAACCAUGUCUGGCCGCAACAACAACAAGCUGCCCAGUAACCUGCCCCAGCUGCAGAACCUGAUCAAGCGGGACCCGCCGGCUUAUACCGAGGAGUUUCUCCAGCAGUAUCGUCACUACCAGUCCAAUGUGGAGAUUUUCAAACUCCAGCCCGAUAAGCCUAGGAAGGAGCUGGCUGAAUUGGUGAUCUUCUUGGCACAGGUUGGGCACUGCUAUCCAGAACAUCUUGUUGAUUUUCCACAGCAGUUGAAAGAACUGCUUUCUUACAACCACACUGUUUUGGAUGCAGAUCUUCGAAUGACAUUUUGCAAAGCUCUGAUCUUAUUAAGAAACAAGAAUCUCAUAAACCCUACAAGUUUGCUGGAACUCUUCUUUGAACUCUUGCGCUGCCAUGAUAAACUUCUACGAAAAACUUUAUAUACUCACAUUGUAACAGACAUCAAGAAUUUAAAUGCCAAACACAAGAACAAUAAAGUGAAUAGAACACUGCAGAACUUCAUGUAUACUAUGUUAAGAGACAGCAACCCUACUGCAGCCAAGAUAUCUCUGGAUGUGAUGAUCGAACUAUAUAGAAGGAAUAUUUGGAAUGAUGCCAAAACAGUAAAUGUUAUCACAACAGCCUGCUUUUCCAAAGUCACAAAGAUACUAGUUGCUGGUUUGAAAUUCUUUCUUGGGAAAGACGAAGAUGAGAAAAAAGAGAGUGAUUCAGAAUCUGAGGAUGAAGGGCCCACGGCCAGAGACCUCAUGGUGAGAUAUGCAACAGGAAAGAAAACCACCAAGCACAAGAAGAAGCUGGAGAAAGCCAUGAAGGUUCUGAAGAAACACAAGAAGAAGAAAAAGCCAGAGGUGUUUAACUUCUCCGCUAUUCAUUUGAUCCAUGAUCCCCAAGAUUUUGCAGAGAAACUCCUAAAGCAGCUAGAGACAUCCAAGGAACGGUUUGAAGUGAAGAUGAUGCUCAUGGACCUUAUCUCUAGACUAGUUGGAAUACACGAGCUCUUUCUCUUUAACUUCUAUCCCUUUGUGCAGCGGUUCAUGCAGCCCCAUCAGAGAGAAGUGACCAAGAUCCUUCUUUUUGCUGCGCAAGCAUCUCAUCAGCUGGUGCCGCCAGAGAUCAUCCAGUCAGUAUUAAUGACCAUAGCCAACAACUUUGUCACUGACAAGAAUUCUGGGGAAGUUAUGACUGUAGGAAUGAAUGCGAUAAAAGAGAUAACUGCAAGAUGUCCUCUGGCUAUGACCGAAGACCUGCUCCAGGACCUCGCCCUGUACAAAUCUCAUAAAAAUAAAAAUGUAAUGAUGUCUGCAAAAACUCUGAUACAUCUCUUCCGAUCACUGAAUCCGCAAAUGUUACAAAAAAAAUUCAGGGGUAAACCUACUGAGGCCUCAUCAGAAGCCAGAAUCCACGAGUAUGGAGAAUUAGAUGCCAAAGAUUAUAUUCCAGGAGCAGAAAUACUAGAGGUUGAGAACAAGGAAGAAGGAGGAGGAGAACAUGAGGAAGAUGGAUGGCAAAGUGCUAGUCUCAGUGAGGAGGACGACGAUGAAGAUGGGGAAUGGAUAGAUGUGCACCACUCCUCAGAUGAGGAGCAGCAAGAAGUAGCGGAGAAGAUCAAGAGCAUGCCUGUAGAAGAACAGAAAGCCAAAGCAGCAGCAGUUAGCACAAGCCGGGUUUUAACUCAAGAAGACUUCCAGAAAAUACGCCUGGCCCAGAUAGCCAAAGAACUCAACUCAGCACCUGGCAAAGCUGCAAAGAGGAAGAACAUUGAAAUAGACAGCGACGAGGAGCGCAGGGGAGAGUUGCUUUCGCUCAGAGAUAUUGAGCAUCUGCAUAAGAAGCCUAAAUCAGACAAGGAAACAAGGCUGGCCACAGCCAUGGCUGGAAAGACGAACAGAAAAGAAUUUGUGAAAAGGAAAACGAAAAUGAAUCCAUUCGCCAGCUCCACUAACAAAGAGAAGAAAAAGCAGAAGAACUUUAUGAUGAUGAGAUACAGUCACAAUGUCCGAACAAAAAAUAAACGUUCCUUCAGGGAAAAACAGCUGGCAUUACGAGAUGCACUUCUGAAAAAGAGAAAAAGGCUAGUGAAAUAACUUGAAACAACAAAGGAGUGGACUGUUUCUUAUCCUUACUGGGGGUACAGUAAUAACCCUGGAAACAGUUCUUAUAUUGGAAAGUACAGGAUCACCUGUACUGAAGAAUUGGAUGUCGAUUGCAUAUAACUCCGAAUACAACUGAUGAUUUUAAUACAACUCUGCAGUACCAAAUGAGUUUCAUUUGUACGUGUUGGCAUCAAGAGGCCUUAAUGUGCCAGAAGAUCUUGCAUUCUAGAAGCAUCUUAGGAAGGGAGGCAGUUACCUUUCAUUGAAUAUAACUUAUUUUGAGAUAACUAGUUAUGUCCCUGUAAAUAUUAACUAAAGCAAGGAGAAUUUCAUUGUUAAAUGUUUUGCCUGAAUCAUGGAAAAUGUAAGUCCUAGAUCAGUCCAUGUAAAAUAACUUUUACAUAGAUUAAAAACUUUGUGCCUUUCAUAAGCAUGUAAUUUUUUAAAGGACUUUUACUCUACAAUACACCAUAGUUGAAAAUGGUUAACUUUCAUUUCCUGUUUUUAGAAACAAGGUGGGUGAGGACUGACGUAAUAUCUUUUAUUAAAAAAAAACGAGGAGUACUUGUGGCAACUGAGAGACUAACAAAUUUAUUUAUUAAAUUAGUCUCAGGUGCCACAAGUAUUCCUCGUUCUUUUUGCUGAUACAGACUAACAUGGCUACCACUCUGAAACCUAUCUUUUAUUAGACCAACUUCUGUUGGUCACAGAUAAGCUCAGACGCUACACAAGCUCUUCUUCAGCUCUGAGAAAGGUAACCAGAGUGUCACAGCUAAAUACAAGAUCAAAUAGAUAGUUUAGCAUAAGUAGUUAGCACAUACUCUGAGAUGGGGUUCUCAACCUUUUUCUUUCUGCUAUAAAAACUCCACAGCCCACCUAUGCCACAACAACUUUUUCUGUGCAUAUAAAAGCCAGGGCUGGUGUUAGAAAGCAGGGCAAUUGCCUCGGACCCUGUGCCACAGGGGCCACCGCAAAGCUAAGUUGCUCAGGCUUUGGCUUCAGCCCCGGGUAGUGGGGCUCAGGGCCCCAGGCUGCAGUCCUGCGUAGUGAGGCUUUGGCUUUCUGCCCCUGGCCCUAGCGAGUUUAAUGCUGGCCAUAUUUGGAGAACCCCCUGAAACCUCACGGCCCCCCGUUGAGAACCACUGUUUAAGGGACCUUUGAAAGUGAAGUGACCUGUUAACAUGCCUGUAGUCAUAGGACAAAAAUGGGGGUUAGUGGAUUACAGAGUGUUGUAAUAAGCUAGAAAUCCAGUUUAUUAAGGCUAUGUUUUGUAGUGGCUAGCAAAGUUAUGAAUUUAAACUCCCAGGCUUGUCUUUUGAAAGUGUUGUGCAGGUGUCCUUUGAGGAUGAGGACUCAAAGAUCAGAAUGGAGUGAUUGCUUUGUGAUAUAGUGGUUUUGUCUUUUAUAAUUUUCCUGUGUGAAUUCAUUCAAGGGUGUAGUGGUUGUCUGGUUUCAUCCCCAGAGCUGUUGGAGCCUUUAGUGCGCUGGCUGAGGUGCACCACAUGUUGUGAUAGGUAUGUGCAGGACCCAGGGAUCCUGAAAGGUGUAUUGUAGGGUGGGGGGUGUUGAUCAUCAGACCAAUGGAGAUUUGUCUGCAGGUUUUGCCUCUGUCGUGGCAGAGUCUGGUGCUGCUUUGAGUUGGUGACUUACCCUUCUCCCCUGCCUCUUUUUGUGUCCCGUGACCGCAGAGGUAUUAACAGGCCCCUGAAUCUUGAAUGGUCCUUUUAGAAUACCUGCUAAAGUACAGAUUCAGUCUUGUUUCUAGCUGUGAUACUUACCUUUCCCAGACCUGAAGAGCUCUGAAUAAGCUGGAAAACUUCUCUCAGAAGUUGGUCCAAUAAAAGAUCUCACCCACCUUGUCUCUUACAAUAUCCUGGGACCAACACAACUACAACAACAGUGCAUACCUUUCCUCUUUUUGUUUAAAAUAAAACAAAAACAACUUGUUGUUUCA